GGGUUGUUUCUGUUUUUGUGUGAGCGCAUCUGCGCGUUCAUGGCUCCAUUGUCACACCUUCUGCAAACAGCUGCGCGUGAGGAGGGUGAGUCUCUCCUGGCCUUUACAGGAGACCACAACUCUCCAAGCUCUCUCAGUGAGAUUUCAUUCAAAAGGAUAGACACUAUUUCUCUUUUUUUUCUUAAUUGGGAAAGUUGAGUGCACGUUUUCAUAGGCUGAAAGUGAAGGUCCUCUACUGGGCAUGCUCACUGUGAUGUGAGAGCAGGGCUCGGUGGGAAAUAACAGGCAGUUUGGGCGUUUUGGAGGAUCUCUGUCGCCUCUCAUCUUUUCCCUUCUUUCCUCUAAUCGCUUGGACAGCUUUGGGGGCCGGGGUCUCCUCACGCACAGGGCUGGAUCUGCUUCUUAGGAAAGCAUGAAUGGCAGCGAAGGGUCUGUGAGCGGGGUGGCUUCCAUCUGCUGAGACAAAGACCUGCUGCGCGUCGUCAAAAGCAGGGAGGGAGCGCGCAGAGCGGGGUGUGAGGGAGCUGAGUCUGGAGGCAGCAGCAGCAGCGCAGGAGCUGAGCAGCACCGAGCCUCCUUCUGCUGGACAGCCGGCCGCUGUCCACUCAGCACCACCGCAGUCACCUUGCUGCCAAAGUCACAAACCCGCUCCUCUGAUCAAUCCCAGCGACCUGAUGAAUCCAAUGAGGCGGAUUUAAUCUGCUGGCAGGGGUGGGGGGGGGAAGUUUGCCUACGCUUGUGCUUUUAUCUAGACAUCUUGGAUUAACGAGCGAUGUGACGUCCAUUCUUAAUGUGAUCCCAUUGGCUGCAAGCAUUUUGGAUUUCGAUUCUAUAUCAUUCAGAGCGUGGCAGAGUGUGACUGUUAAGAUCACCCAGGGCAUGGCAGGUGUGUGUCGGAAAUGCGGGGUAUAAAAGGAAUGUAGCCUGACGCGUGUCAGCCAGCAAGAAUUUAUUUCCCAUUUGGUGAGAGACGACAGGUUGCUGUGUGCGUAAUUGUUUCCGCUCGUGUCUGAGCCCGUCAGUCUGCCCACUCCAGUUCAUGGUUCAAAGGGGUGCUUAGUCUCACCUUUGCGAUGAGGGGAACCUAUUGGAGAAAUGCCUAAGGGACGCAAUGGGCCUAAGCGACGACAAGGAUCGCAUUGUGAUAAACGUGGGAGGGAUAAGACAUCAGACAUACCGCAGCACCCUGCGCACCCUGCCUGGCACCCGCUUGUCCUGGCUGGCGGAACCUGAUGCGCCCAACCACUUUGACUAUGACGCCAAGAUCGAGGAAUUUUUCUUCGACCGCCACCCCGGCGUAUUUGCACAUAUCCUCAAUUACUACAGGACAGGUAAGCUCCACUGCCCGGCCGAUGUCUGCGGGCCGCUCUACGAGGAGGAGCUGGCCUUCUGGGGCAUCGAUGAGACAGAUGUGGAGCCCUGCUGCUGGAUGACCUAUCGCCAGCACCGGGAGGCUGAGGAGGCCCUUGAUAGUUUCGGCGGGGGAGGUCUGUUAGACCUGGGGAGCGAGGAUCCGGAGCCGGAUCAGGAGCAUACCGAGGAUGAUGUGGAUGAAAUGACCAGGAGGCUGGCACAGGGGGACUCACCCGAUGUCAGGAGUGGCAGCCUGUGGAGCCGGUGGCAGAAACGUGUGUGGGCUCUGUUUGAAGACCCUUAUUCUUCUAAAUAUGCAAGGUGGAUAGCUCUGGCUUCACUUUUCUUCAUUCUGGUGUCCAUCACCACCUUCUGUCUGGAGACCCAUGAGGCCUUCAAUCCAAUCAUGAACCGCACUGAGGAGGAGCAGGUGGGCAACUAUACAGUGGUGUACACCUACCAGGAGACUGAGACCGCGGCCUACCUCACCUACAUCGAAGGCGUAUGUGUGGUGUGGUUCACCUUUGAAUUUCUAAUGCGAAUAACUUUCUGUCCAAACAAGUUUGAUUUCAUUCGGAACGCGCUAAACAUCAUCGAUUUUGUGGCCAUCCUACCCUUCUACCUGGAGGUGGGCCUGAGUGGGCUCUCCUCCAAGGCAGCCAAGGACGUCCUGGGUUUCCUGAGAGUUGUCCGCUUUGUUCGAAUCCUUCGUAUCUUCAAGCUGACCCGUCACUUUGUGGGGCUGCGCGUUCUUGGCCAUACACUUAGAGCCAGCACCAACGAAUUCCUUCUCCUAAUCAUCUUCCUUGCUCUCGGAGUCCUCAUUUUCGCCACCAUGAUCUACUACGCUGAACGGAUUGGAGCCAACCCUAACGACCCACGAGCCAGCGAUCACACACAAUUCAAGAACAUCCCUAUUGGAUUCUGGUGGGCUGUGGUGACCAUGACUACCCUCGGCUAUGGAGACAUGUAUCCUCAGACGACCUUUGGCAUGCUGGUUGGAGCCCUGUGCGCCCUGGCAGGAGUGCUGACCAUCGCUAUGCCUGUCCCUGUGAUUGUCAACAACUUUGGAAUGUACUACUCUCUGGCCAUGGCAAAACAGAAACUACCAAAGAAAAAGAACAGGCAUAUCCCUCGGGCACCCCAACCAGGGUCUCCCAACUACUGUAAGUCAAGCAUCAGCUCCCAGCACCCGAGCCCCAUUGCCCAUGACGAUGUUUUCGAGAUAAAAUUUCAAGACUCCAAGCUGAAUGGUGAGGCAGCAAAUGCAGCUCUGGCCAAUGAAGAUUGCCCACAUAUAGACCAGGCCAUAUCUCCAGAGGAAAUCUUCAGCCCCAGUGAGAAAGAGCGGCCCUGCUUCCUGGUCACCACUGCAGAACGCCCAAACCACACUGGGGGCAGAGUGAGGAGGGAGACCCAACGACAGCACCGGAGCAGACAACCAACAGAGUCAGUUUGUGUUAUGAACCAUGGUGUGCCAACCACUAUGUGUAUGACCCAUAAUGGCCCAUCACCCACCUGA